UCUCUCUCUCAUACAAGUGUUUUUGCUGAGCAUUCAUCAAUGGCGAAAAACACAGUUCAGGGCAAAGCUUUCUUGUUCCUCAGAGAUAAGUCCCUUUUCGUUGUAGCAUUUCUAAUUUCUUUCCUAAUGGUUUGUGCUCUAUGGUCCUUCAUUGACCCUCGCUCUACCUUCCCAAAACCCCACUCCACGGCCUCAGACGGCGGCGUCACCGCCGCAUACGGUUGCGCCACCGGUUUCCAUGGUGCUAAUCUGAGCCAAGACCCGCCGGAGAGAACGUUCUAUGACGACCCAUCUCUCAGCUACUCAUUUGGGUCACCGGUGAGAAACUGGGAUAAGAAGAGACGAGAGUGGCUGAAGCGCCACCCAUUCUUCGCCACCGCACGCGACGGCCUAGUGGUGGUGACCGGAAGUCAGCCGCUGCCGUGCAAGAAUCCAAUCGGCGAUCACUUGCUGCUUCGAUUGUUCAAGAACAAGGUCGAUUACUGUCGAAUCCACGGCUAUGAAAUUUUUUACAACAACGCAUUUCUACACCCGAAAAUGGUCGGUGUUUGGGCGAAACUCCCACCAGUUAGAGCGGCGAUGGUGGCGCAUCCGGAGGCGGAGUGGAUCUGGUGGGUGGACUCGGACGCAGUAAUCACCGACAUGGAAUUCAAGCUCCCAAUGAAAAAGUAUGAAAGCUACAAUUUCAUCAUCAAUGGUUGGGAAAACAUGAUUUACGAGAGAAAAAGUCGGUUCGCGAUGAACACGGGUAUUUUCCUAAUCAGAAACUGUCAAUGGUCGAUGGAUUUCAUGGAAGCUUGGGCCAGAAUGAGUCCCCUGAAUCCAGAUCACGAGAAAAUAGCAAAAAUCGCAAUCGCAGAACUCACCGACAAGGAAUUCCCGGGAAUGGAUGAACAAUCAGCUCUGGUUUACCUCAUGCUAACCCAGAAAAACAAAUGGGGAAACAAAGUUUACUUAGAAAACCAGUACAGUUUUUCUGGGUAUUGGCUAGAGAUUGUGGAUAGACUUGAAAACAUCUCGGAUAAGUACGCGGCGGCGGAGGCGACGGAGGGGGGGUUGCGGCGGCGGAGGGCGGAGGUGGUGAGUGAGAGAUAUGGGGAGAUGUGGGAGGUGUUUUUGAAGGGGACAUAUGAUGGACCUGGUGGCUGGAGGAGGCCGUUUAUCACUCAUUUCACGGGGUGUCAACCGUGCAGCGGCCAUUACAGCCCGAGCUACACUGCUCAUGCUUGUUGGAAUGGAAUGGAGAGAGCUUUAAAUUUCGCGGAUAAUCAAGUGCUGAGGAAUUUUGGGUUUGUUCAUGUUGAUUUGAUGAAUUCUUCGUCUGUGUUGCCUCUGGGUUUUGAUUCGCCGGUCGGUGGGGUUGAUCGUCUUGCAGGAACUUGACAAAGAUAAUACUAUAUGUUUUUUUUUGUUUUUAUUUUUAAAUUUCUUUGUUUGUUAGAUAAAAAUAUAUCAGUGGAGUAUAUUUUAUUCCAUUUACACUUGUUUGCAUAUUUUAGUUAGUUAGUAUAUUAUCCACCACCAACAAAUAAAGAAAUAAAUUAAAAUUCUGUACAA